GGAGCAGAGGGCUCGCUCGCAUUCUUAUCCUCGAUCGCUCACUGGCAACAACUGGAAUCACCGGAUCGAGCUUUGAUCUUUCACCUUUGUUCAAUCCUCCCCAUUUGAUCCACAGCUGCCCUUCUCCAUCAGCUAUAUACGCACGCACAAGGCUGGGACAGACAGAGUCGUUUCGGAGAAUUGCGAUUCCUUCCUGCUGGCUUAUCGUCGCCAUGCAGUGCCUACAGACUCCAGUUUCUCAUCGAUUCUCCUCCAAAUGGCAGCAACAGGAGCAGCCCAGUCACCAUUCUUAUAGUGCUGAUGAUCUCUGCGUUCAAGGUCUCAAUUCCUUCGAUUGCUUCAGCAAUGGCUUGUCCGAUCUUCCUGAUCAUCAGUAUCCCAACUUUGAGGAAAUUACAAGCGUGGCAGUGAGCGAUAGCACCUUAAGAAAGAGGAAGGCAGAGACUUCUCCCAAGUCAAAGCAAGACUGCAAGAUCAGAGUGAAACAAGAAACGGGAGGAGCGAAAACAGAGUUCAAGCAGCAGAACAGUAGCAAGGAGGCAUCAGGAGACAGCUCAAAGACUGAUUACAUUCACGUUCGAGCUCGCCGCGGCCAAGCCACUGACAGCCAUAGCUUAGCUGAAAGAGUGAGGAGGGAAAGGAUCAGUCAAAGGAUGAAGUGCCUCCAGGAGCUGGUGCCGGGAUGCAGUAAGAUCACCGGAAAAGCAGGCAUGCUAGAUGAGAUCAUCAACUAUGUUCAGUCUCUCCAGAAACAAGUCGAGCUUGUCGAGCAGUUCCUGUCGAUGAAAUUUGCUGCCGUGAAUCCAAUGGCGGACAUCGACUUCUUGGUGGCAAGAGAGGCGAUGAGUACUCAACUGGUGCAGAUAAAUCCACCUGAGCUAAUGGACCAGCCAUUCCUUCACUUCAACUCCUUGCAGCUCGAUCCCUGCUUAGGGCUGGACAUGUACAUGGAUUCUUCGGAUCUUGUGGCUGAUGGAUCCCCCUUUGGCUCAUCUCUGAAUAGCUUGCAUAGGGUAGAAUUCCUUCAAUCAUUGCAAGGGAAUCUCUUGCCUAACAAUCUCAAGAUGGAGAUAUAAUUUGUCGAUCUGAACUAGUGGAGAAGAGAUGGAGAUGUAUUUCAUUUGCUCAUGUGUAACAUAUCGAUAUAUAAUGCCAUGCAUCUUGUUGCCUUCAAAUAGAAUUAGUUCUUUCAUUCGAUUGUUGUUUUGUUUUUUUUCAUAUUCUCCUUUAAUAAAACCUCUCUCUUUAUUUUCUCAA